AUGACCAGCAACUGGACUUUUGGAGAAGGCGAAAAGAUCACCUAUGGGUUCACCCCCAGUAUGGACGACUCUAGCUCUGAAGAGGGACCUGACGACCAGGAAGACAGAAUUAAGCAACUCCUGAAGUACCAGGAAAUCAACAUGCUUCAAGAUAAGUAA